AUGGGGGGAUCGUCGUACUUACCGUUGCCGGAAAGUAUUCUUAGUCGGGAGGCCGUUGUUAACCCUCAAAAUAUCGACCGUCAAUGUUUCAAGUGGGCGAUUCUCGCCAAACAUGUGUCUAGCGAUCGCACACGAGUGGGCAUGAAUUAUUCGAGGGAAGAACAUCGUUACGACUUUUCUGCGCUGUCAACUCCCACUCCCGUGUCGGAGAUACAAUUAUUUGAAAGGUCGAAUCCGGGUACGACAGUAAAUGUAUACGGUGUGAGAAAUUGUGUAGAAUAUAAAAAAAAUAAAAAAUCGAUCGCAAAAUCUGCCGCAUACCCACUGCGCGUCGUAGAGGAGGAAAAGGCAAACCAUUUCGACCUACUACUAAUCACCGGAGAGGGUGGUAAUAAUCACUAUGCGUAUAUAUCGAAUUUUUCACGCCUAGCCAGCCCGCAAAAAAAUAAUCAUCAACAUCGCUUAUUUUACUGCAAACGGUGCUUCGCUAGUUUUGAGGACCGCCCAUUAAAAUAUAAAUCGUACGGCGAGCGAGCGUUGGUGGAGCAUCGCUUGUUGUGUGGCGCGCACAAACCGAUUGUUCCUUUGAUGCCGAAAGAGGGGGAUACGCUGAAAUUCGAGGCGCGGUAUAAGACGGAGCGGCUGCCGUUCGUAGUGUACGCAGAUUUCGAAGCCUUAUUACUGAAAACGGACCGGAAACAAGGCGCGAAUACCACCGCAAUACACGAUCACCAUCCAAUGAGCUACGGGUACCAUGUUGUCGCGGCGGAGGGCGUACCAACAGAGUUGUUCGAUCAGUUCGACAUACCGAGGGUAUCGGCCAUUUUCCGUGGUUCUGCGACCGAAGAUGAUGUGGCAAAGCGUUUUGUUCGCGACGUACUUGGUGUGGCCGAAAAAAUAGCCAGAUUGUAUAAGGAAGUAUUUGUACCGAUUAUUAUGAGUGUUGAGGAUUGUCAGGUGCACGAUGCCAAGAUAAUGUGCGACUUAUGCAGCUGUGCGUUUAGCGAACGCAACUGUAAAACUGCACAUCACGACCACUUGUCUGGACGUUUUUUAAAAACGUUAUGCAACACGUGCAACCUCAAGUUGAAAACACCAAAAUUUGUACCAUGCUUCCUGCAUAAUUUGUCCAACUACGACGCGCAUUUCAUCGUUACAAAUUUGGCGAACGACGACAAUAAUCGAAUAUCGGUAAUCGCGAACACUGAGGAGAAAUAUAUUUCGUUUUCGAAAUUUAUAAACAACACGUUCUCAGUCAGGUUUGUAGACACGUGUCGCUUCAUGGCGUCGAGCUUGGCACACUUGGCGGAGAACCUCUCCUCCGCGAACUUUGAUAAAUUUCGCGAAGUCGCGAAAGUGUUCGCCCCGUCGGAGAUGUCCAUGGCCACGCGGAAAGGCGUAUAUCCGUAUGAAUACACGGAUUCGUGGGAUAAAUUACAAGUACCAUCGUUACCGGACAAGUUUCUAUUCUACAGCGCGUUGACGGAGACGCACGUGUGCGACGAAGACUACGAUCAUGCAACUCGGGUUUGGUCCCAUUUUGACUGCUCUUCGCUAGGCGAAUAUAGCGACUUGUAUCUACAAAUCGAUGUGCUGAUCAGCGCCGAUAUCUUCGAAAAUGUCAGGGAUAUAUGCAUGACCACAUAUCACCUGGACCCGGCACAAUACUUCACGUUACCCGGCUUCAGCUUUGACUGUAUGUUGAAACUUACGAAAGUUGAGCUUUUUCUUUUAGAUGAUUAUGAGAAAAUACUCUUCAUAGAGUCCGGUACGCGUGGUGGCCUGGUGCAAGCCAGCAAGCGUUACGCUCGCGCAAACAAUCCGGAGACGCCAGGAUAUAAUGCCGACGAACCCAACACGUCCCUCAUAUACUUAGAUGGUGAUUAUAAAAUAUAA